CUCAUCCUGCCUACCUGCCUGACGGGGAAGGAAGUGCACAAGUUCAGUAAACAUGGAGCCCCAGAAGAAGCUGAUCAACUCUGUGGAUCGCUGUGUGGACGAGGCUCUCUGUGGCCUGGUCAGGGCCUCUGGGGGCCUCUGUCUGCUGAAGGGCCACAGGGUUGUGCUUCGGUCUGACCUGGAUAAUCUGAAAGGCAAAGUGGGUCUGCUGUCAGGAGGCGGUUCAGGACAUGAGCCAGCUCAUGGGGGUUAUAUUGGUGCUGGGAUGCUGUCUGCAGCCGUAGCAGGAGGAGUGUUCGCCUCUCCGCCUCCCGCCAGCAUCCUGGCUGCUAUUCUCUCCUUACACCAAGCAGGAGCUUCAGGUGUUCUUCUCAUUGUGAAGAACUACACUGGUGACCGGCUGAACUUCGGCCUGGCUGCAGAGCAGGCCCGUAACCAGGGCGUCGACGUGGACAUGCUGAUCGUGGCCGAGGACUGUGCCUUCGACAAACCCAGUAAGGCUGGCAGGAGAGGCCUGUGUGGCACUGUCUUCAUCCACAAGCUUGCCGGGGCUUUGGCGGAAGAGGGCUGUUCUUUGAGCCAGAUAGUUACCAAGAUGAAAGAGGUUUUGAAAGGGGUUGGCACGCUGGGAGUCAGCCUGUCUCCAUGCAGCGUCCCCGGGUGCCUUCCUUCUUUCGACCUGCCACCAGGAGCCAUGGAGCUGGGACUGGGAAUUCACGGAGAACCUGGGAUUAAGAGGUCAAAGGUGGUGUCUGCAGAUGAGGUGGUGAAGAUCGUGAUGGAUCACAUGACCAACCCAGACAGCCAAUCCCAUCUGCCUCUGAAAUCAGGUGACACUGUUGUUUUGUGUGUGAAUAACCUGGGAGCUCUGUCCUGCCUGGAGAUGGCUGUAGUUACUCAAGCUGCCGUUACCUGCCUGG